CUCUGCUCGCUGUCGCCCAGGAACAUCUUCAAGGCGUGCCGCCGCAGCAACACCGAGUUCAGCAUGACCAAGGUCGAGCGGACUAUGAAAGCGGCCAUCUUGAUCCAGCAGUGGUACAGGAGGUACCUCGCCAGGAUGGAGGUGCGCAGGAGGUACACUUGGACCAUCUUCCAGAGCAUAGAGUACGCUGGGGAGCAAGAUCAAAUAAAGUUGUACAACUUCUUCAACGCCCUGCUGACCCACAUGCCGGACCCAGCGGCGCGAGGCGUCGGAUCCGACGUCUCCUCCAAGUCUUCAACAGCGACUACUAGCCCGAAUUUUGAAGAUGAAGUUGAAGACUGUGUCAGUAUAAGCACGCUGGAUAAUGUCUAUAAGGGGAUACAUAUCAACAGCCCUCUAACUAGACAGGAUCUGGAUGCGCUCAUCGAAUCCUUCAGGAAAAAGAAGCAGCACCGGCUCCACGCCAAGUACGUGGCGUCCAUCCUGAAGGACGCCAUCGCGCACCUGAAGCGGCUGCCGAACCUCAACCAGGCGUCGACGGCCAUCUCGAAGCAGAUCACCAUCUGCGGCGACCUGCACGGCAAGCUGGAGGACCUGCUGGUGGUGUUCCACAAGAACGGGCUGCCGUCCGCGGAGAACCCGUACGUGUUCAACGGUGACUUCGUGGACCGCGGCAAGAAGGGGCUGGAGGUGCUCUUGCUGCUGCUAGCGUGCCUGCUGGUUUUUCCCGACGGCGUCUACCUGAACCGAGGCAACCACGAGGACCUCAUCAUGAACGCCAGGUAUGGCUUCGUGAGAGAGAUGAAAACAAAGUACAAGCAAAACUCGGACCGGCUGCUGAAGCUGAUCGAGGGCGUGUACCGCUGGCUGCCACUCGGCGCCGUCGUCAACAACAAGGUGCUGGUGGUGCACGGAGGGGUGUCCGACGCCACGGACCUGGACUGGGUGCGCUCGCUCGACAGGUACAAGUACGUGUCCCUGCUGAGGCCACCCGUGUCUGAUAGCACAGCAUCCGGAGCUGAGGUCGUGGACAAGAUGGAGUGGAAACAGGUGUUCGACGUGCUGUGGAGCGACCCGCAGAACCUGGAGGGCUGCGUGCCGAACACGCUGCGCGGCGCCGGGACCUACUUCGGGCCAGACGUCACCGACCGCUUCCUGGAGAAGCACAAGCUGAUGUUCGUGGUGCGCUCGCACGAGUGCAAGACGGGCGGCUACGAGAUCGCCCACGGCGGCAAGCUGAUCACCAUCUUCUCGGCGUCCAACUACUACGAGCUGGGCUCGAACAAGGGCGCCUACGUGAAGCUGGUGGGCCCGCAGCUCGACCCGCACUUCGUGCAGUUCACGACGGCCGCGGCGCGCACCAAGAAGCUCACCUUCCGGCAGCGCGUGGGGCUGGUGGAGAGCUCCGCCCUGCGCGAGCUCAGCGGCAAGGUGCUGGCCGCGCGCGAAUCCCUGCUCGACGAGUUCCGCAAGGCCGACCCAGACGGCACGGGCUUCAUCACGGUGACGGAGUGGUGCAGCGCCAUGGAGUCUCGCACAGGGCUGACCAUCCCGUGGAGGAUGCUGCGAGAGAAGCUGGUGAGCCAGGAUCCCGUCUCCAAGAACGUGGAGUACAUGACCACCUUCCAGGAGCACCUGCCGGGCAAGAAGGCCUCGGAAGCGACGGUGGUUGAGACUCUGUACAGAAACAAGUCUAGUUUGGAAGCCAUCUUCAGAAUAAUCGACAAAGACAACUCGGGCUACAUCUCGAAGGAGGAGUUCGCGGACGCGUGCGCCCUGCUGGAGCAGCACCUGCAGAACCCCUUCUCCAAGGAGCAGCAGCUGGACAUCUGCCGCAGCAUGGACAUCAACAAGGACGGCAUGGUGGACCUGAACGAGUUCCUCGAGACCUUCCGCCUCGUCGACAUGGCGCCCCACGACGGCGACGACGCCGACGACUCCUCCCCCGGCUAAAUGGGGGGCUCCCCCGCGAGCAACGCCCCGCCUCCCCCUCCCCCUGGUGUCCCGCUCUUUGUGUUGCCUCUCGUCGCACCAGUUUCCACUUUUUUGGGGCGAUGACACUCCCGCCGUCUUCGAAGAGCUCACUCUGGGUCCAUAUCGGUGACACGUGACCAACCAAAAAUGUUGCUGCAGUAUUCACCUUUAAUUUACGAAAAACACCAGAGUAUUAGGAGAGGGUCUAUAUUCCCCCUCACACUUAUUUAAUUUAAGAAUUCCUGAAAUAAAGUAAUAUUUCAACCAAAAAAAAA